AUGGCAGCAAACAUCAUCGUCACUGACAUUGCGGCCGAAUAUAUCUGCAUCCUUCUCGGAGCCGCGAAGCUGCACGGGUUUGAGACGUCCAGGAAAGUGAAAAUUUGUCCUCUCGAAGCUCCAGAGAGUGGUGAACCUUACGUCGUUGUAUACUGUCUUAAGAGCAAGGUGGCCGAUGACAUUCAUGACACCCUGGCGAGUCUAGAAAAAUCGUGGCAGAGCAACAAGGACUACCCCAACGCCGUUUACCUAGUUCUGAGUGGAACGUCAGAUGAAGAGUUAUACGCGGGGGAGAGGGAGGCCAUUGAAUCGUGGAACGCGUCGCACUCAGAGGAUGGCGGUGUGUGCAAGUACCUUCGGCGGAACAGGUCCAUCCUGUACAAGUACGGGCAGCACCUCGAUUUUAUCAUGCUGCUCAACGGUCAUGACGGGGCCGGCGGAGAGAACAGUGUUGCUCUGUACAAGGAUACCCUCCCAGAUGAUGGGACCGGGUGCUUUGAUGCCUCCACCGAUGUUGAAUACUUCAAGGGCCAUCUCGAGUUUGACCGUCUGGUCAUUCUCGAUGAGGAUAACGUCUCGGGAGCGGCCUUCUUUGUCAAGGCGAAUUCAGUCUACAACCGAAGUGACCGCGACAUCGACAUCAUCCAGCCCGCCAUCGUCCCUCCUGACAUUGACGCCCGGACGUCCGAUGGAUCUGACACCUUUUACGGAUCCUUCACCAUGGCGUCUCACGAUAUGGGCUCCAAGAUGACUGCAUUUCGAGAAGUGUUUUUCCCUUCGGCGACGUUCUUCGGAAAGGGCAUCAUCCGGCCAACGAAGUACAACGAGCUGCUUUUGGGAUACAACCCCGAGACGUACACAACAGAGGAAGGCACUCGCCUGCCCAGGGACAUUUUGAGCCACGACAUCAUCGAGAGCAGCAUCAUGACGUGCGUCAAGGACUCCACGCUAGAGAUUAUCGAAGGAUUUCCAGGCACUUGCCUGGAGUGGCAUCUACGGCAGAGCCGAUGGGACAGAGGCGACUUGAUCCUGAGCAAGUAUCUGUUCGCUUGGUCAUACGGUCUUCCGGCCAACUUCUGCAGUCGAUUCUCGAAAUCGUCGUGCAUUCCGUUCUAUCGCUCAUUUGCAUCGCGGUCCACGGUGCACACCGGAACCUUCAACGCCCGAGUGAUCGUCAUCCGGCCUCUAGUAGUUCUCGCAACCUUGUUGUACACAAACCUCGGCGGAAACACUAUGUUCCUGGUCGUGCUGGGCAUCUAUAACUUGGAGAUUCUCCUGAUUCCGUUUCUUGUCAAAUUGGCCACGACGACGUCGUUCUAUGCGGUGGUGCUCCUGACGAUACACGACGUGUACAUCGGAGCGAUCGACAUCUACUACGGUACAGCCAGAACGAUUCGAGCUCUCGUGUCGAUAGCGUGCGGCGUUGGGGGCUGGAGCCCUUUCGGCGACGAGGGACACUCCCCGCUCAUUACCAUGAUGCAGUAUUCUCGCUGUGUCCUAGUCGAGCUCGUAGUUGCCCUAUGUGCUGCGGUCUGGUGCAUUAGAGAAUCCUUCGACGAGCAAGGGGAAUUUCAGGAGACUUAUUUGGGGUUGAUCAUUUCGUUGAGCUUUGUGCUCUGGCACCCGAUCUAUGUGUUCGCAACGGCCCAUAAGCUAUGA